UUUUCGGUUCCCCUCACAGCCCCCCGGCCAUGAUGGCGGAGGCUCUGGGCCGCUGGCUCCGGGACGAGAUGGAGCUGCCGCCCUCCGCCGUCCCCUCCCCGGCCGCGCUCCGCAGGCUCUGCUCCGGCCCCGGAGCCCCAAUUUGGGAUUUCGUCGCCCGCCACGUCCGGAGCCUCCAGACCGUGAAGAAAAUCCGGGGGAAUCUGCGGCGCUACAGGGACCCGCAGGAGGUGCAGGCUGCUCCUGGUCCUCCGAGCCGCCAGGGGGCGCUGAAGGAGGAGGUGGCGCGGCUCCGGAAGGAAGUGCAGGGCCUGGAGGACGCCAUCGGCAGCGCACAGGAAGUGGCGCAGCACCUGGAGGCCUCGCUGGGGGCCCGGCAGAGCCGCCGGUGGGCGGAGCUUCGGCGGGGGGCGGAGCUUCGGCUGCUGGGGGCGGAGCCAAGCCCGGAAAUGCUCCGCGGCGGCCACCAGGGGGCGCUAAGGGGGCCCCCGCUGAGGCCGGGCCAGUCCCGGGCGGAGCUUUCGGCCAUCUUGGCCUCGGGGGCGGAGCCGGAAGUGCUGGUGUCAAUCAGGGCCUUGUGCCAGGCCCGGGAGGCGGAGCUAAAGCGGCCACGCCCACCCAGGAAACCCCAGGAGAAGCCGCUGCCGCCUCCGGAUUGGCUGGAACGGGCCGAGGCCGUGCUGAUUGGCCACAGCCCCGAGGCGGUGCUGUGGGCGCUGGAGACCUUGGCCAAUCAGAGCACGAGGUGGGCGGGGCUUGGGGAGGGG